ACAUACACGUAGGUCGUGCAAUUGUAAUGUGCUUUUAAAACCAAUUAAAAUGAGAGUUGUCAUUUGUUUUACGUUGUUGGUGUAUCUAUCAAAAACAGUGUUUUCGCUGAAAAUACCCAGCCAGAAAGUGCAUGUUGUUACUCCAUCUUCAAGGGCAUAUAGUGAUGAAGGUCGGGGCGCACCAUUUUACUAUCAUAACUGGAGAAGAAGAAUGGAUACACCAAAAAAUGAAACGGCCACUACAACUUCAACGUCGACGACUUUGAAAACACCCGAUUUGAUUUUUGCCGAAUUUGAAUCUGGUGCUGGUGGUGAUAUGAGGAAAUCUAUACGAAAUCUACUCGAAAAAGAAAGAAUUAACCAAAAAACAAGUACUACGGUAACUUACAAAAGUAGUACAUUACAACCAAUAUAUGUACCUGAUUAUGAUUCAAUGGAAGUAGAUCACGGAGAACUAACGAAGAAACAAGAAGUUGUGAAUAGUGCUGGAGUACUUACUAAUGAUUUUGAUAUUUAUAACGAUAAAUACAACAACGAUAAAGCACCUACUUAUCUCCCUUCCACUACUACUACGACUUCGUCACCGCCCCUGUCAAAUGUUGAGGACAUUUGGCACAUCAUCGAUAACGAGAAACGUGAUCAAUACUCUUCGAACUGGAAAGAAGUACCGAUUGAUAUGAGUAAUGACGAAACAAAGUUAAACGAACCAAAACAUGAACAAUAUAAUCAAAAUGAUGAAAAACCUAAAACAGAGAGCGACGUGAUUGACGAAAAUUUUGCUUUACCAGGAUUCCCAACAAAUCCUGGUAACGGGGCAGAAAAUGAAUCCAGAGCUAUUCGAACUGAUCCAAAUGUACAUUUUCCUUAUGUUAGCUUGAAACCAUUUCAAAUGAAACAUGUUAAAAAUCCGGUAUCAAAUCAAUUUUCCAAUAGCAAGAAAGGCCCAAAUAUGUAUAACAGCUUAGAUAAUUUUAAGGAAAUUCAUCACCCUGUCAGAGGUGAAGUUCAGGAUAUAAAUCUAAUGCAACAACCUAUAGAACGUUAUAAUCCUGCGCAACCUUAUUUACCAAAAGAAUAUGGGACUAAAUCAAAACAAUCGAAUCCUUCCAAUACUCCUUCUAUUCCAUCAAAAGUAGUCGCGAAUUUGGUGCCUCCUCCACCACCCCCACCACCAAAAGUGACAGACAAUGAUUUCCCUGCCCCAACAAGUUACGAAUCGUUCCCACCGUAUCAAAUUCCGAGUUCUAAUAUAGCAUCGGCUCCUUCUCCACUAGCAGCAAACCCACCAAUGUCAAUGUAUCCUUCAGAUUCUCCUCUCGAUUCUCCUUCUUUUCCCUUAGUAAAUGAUGACUCCAAUGAUGGCCCAGGAGAUAUAAGUUAUCAAUAUAAACCUCCGUCGCUCUCGUUCCGUCCCACUUUACCUCCGCUAAGUAAACCUUUUAGUGGUUAUUCAUAUAAUACGCCUGCUGCUUCAGUACCACAGACAAAUAACGAAGCGGGCUCAAGUUACAACAAACCAGAAAUGACAAUGGAUGCACCUCCAUCAAUGGACAUGGAUGAGGAUGCUCCUCCUAUGAUUGAUGAUAAGCCAGAUUUCCAGGGCUAUCAUUAUAGUAAGCCAACAUCAUCAGAGAGUUUUGACUCCCAUGACUCUUAUCAUCACAACGACGAAUAUCCUGAGCUGAUUUUUAACAAACCUCAUGGAGGGUCAGAGCCCGUCAAAGGUGGAAAUGAUAUGAAAGACGAUGCAGCAGGAAUGAUGCCACCUCCGCCACCAGCUAACAUGAUGCCGAAUAUGCCCUCAGAACCUGCAAUGGAUGAUAAUGGCUUUCCACCUGGCUUCCCAGGAGAUUUUAAAUUUCACCAUGACUUUGACGACCAUGACUUUUAUCACCAUCAUCAUCAUCAUCCUACAACAACAACGACCACGACGACGACUACCGAAUCCCCUCGCGUUAACAGCGUGUACUUCAUUGUAUAUGUAGGUGCUCUGAUCAUCAAAGCAGUAUUGAGGCAUAAAAUAGUAUAUCCAAACAGUUUUAGACCAAACGAUACUACAGCUUCAUUUUUCGCUAAACGAUCCUUGGAUUCAUGGAACAUGUCUAGUGGAAUCAAUAUCCCUUGUAGUGAUACGGUGAAAAAUCUCGGUGUCACAAUUGAUUCCAACCUCUCAUGGACAGCUCACGUCGCUAACGUUAGUCGUAAAAUGUAUUUUCCGCUUCACACAUUAAAAUGUUUGCAAAAUUUCCUUCCCUUACAUACUAAAAUUGCCCUUGCACAAUCUUUUAUUCUUCCACUUCUCGACUAUGCCGAUACUUGUUAUUUAGACGCUACGGAGGUAUUACUUAAUAAACUUGAGCGCCUGCAGAAUCUUGCUAUCCGAUUUAUCUUUGGGCUUCGUAAGUAUGAUCACGUCUCCAACUUUCGAAAGGAACUCAAGUGGCUCCCCAUACGUCUGCGCAGGAAUGUCAGAAUCCUUUGUCUCCUCUUCCAUAUCCUAUAUAAUCCUUCAUAUUCUUCCUAUCUUCGGGAGCGGUUUUCUUUCACCCACUCGCCUAAUGUUCCUUGCAGGUCCCAUCUCAAAUCACUACUCAAAUGUCCUGUGCAUAAAACCGAAUUUGCAUCAUGCUCCUUUACGGUACAUGCCGUCCGCUUGUGGAACUCGCUGCCAGCAGGAAUCAGAGACAGCCCAACUGUUGCUACAUUCAAAAAACGGUUGAAGGAACACUGUCUAUCCUCUGGAAUCACUGUUUCUGAACUCUAUUGCUUCUCCUUUUUAACACUUAUAUAUUUUAUUUAA